AAAUAAAGGAAUAAAAGGUGUUUCCUACUUUUGAUCCAACGAAUCAGACCCACCCCGUCCCCGACCCUAACCAGGAUAAAGCUAUGAAGUAGAGUGACGUAGAGCACAGAAAAGACUGAGCAUGCGCAGGUGUCGUGGAGGACAGAAGCACAGCGGUGAAGAAUUCUGUACUGGGAUAGUCAUUUUUUCUUAGUAAUUGGAGAGUUCCUAACCUCCAACUACGAUGACCGACAAAAAGCGAAUUGCUUACUCCAUUGUCCAGUUCCUCCACGACCAGCUUAGGUCUGGGGAUUUGUCGUCAGAUGCACAAGAAAGCUUAGAGGUUGCCAUCCAAUGUUUGGAGACAGCAUUUAACGUGUCAACUGAAGACCAAAGUUUAGCCAUCUCUGAAACUCUGCCUGAAUUAUUCGCAAAUGCAAGUGUUAAGACAGUCGAAACACCUCAAGUUAAAGUUGAAUCAGCUAUUAGUUCACCAGCAGAGGACCAGCUAGCAGAAGCUGAACAACUUAAAAGUGAUGGCAAUGAACAAAUGAGGGUAGAAAACUUCAGUGCAGCAGUGGAAUUCUACUCAAAAGCCAUUCAGAUUAAUCCACAGAAUGCAGUUUAUUAUUGCAACAGAGCUGCAGCAUACAGCAAGCUGGGGAACUACGCUGGAGCAGUUCAAGAUUGUGAACGUGCAAUCGGAAUUGAUCCUAACUACAGUAAAGCAUAUGGCAGAAUGGGGUUGGCUCUUGCAAGUUUAAACAAACACGCAGAAGCUGUGAACUACUACAUGAAAGCUUUGGAACUGGACCCUGAAAACGAGACCUACAAAUCAAAUUUAAAGAUUGCAGAGUUGAAACUGAAAGAAACUCCCAGUCCUACAGGUGGCAUGGGUGGUGUUGACCUGGCUGGUUUGCUAGGUAACCCUGGUUUUAUGAGCAUGGCUUCUAAUUUAAUGAACAACCCACAAGUUCAACAACUGAUGUCAGGAAUGAUGUCUGGAGGCUAUGGACCUACAGGUGCUUCUCCCUCACCAGCAGCAGCAGCAGCAGCAGCUCCGAAUGACCUCUCGGGCCUUAUUCAAGCAGGCCAACAGUUCGCACAGCAAAUGCAGCAGCAGAAUCCAGAGCUCAUUGAGCAGUUACGGAGUCAAAUCCGCAGCCGACCCCCUAGUGCAAGCAAUGAAGAACAAUGACACCAAGUGCUAAAGAAUCAUCAUUAGGACACACUGAGAAUCUGGGCUUGCUAUCUUUAUUUUUUUAUUUUUUUCCUUUUAAUCUUUUUAGGGUCUGUUGUACUUAACAACUCCUGGGACAAGACAUAUUGGCAUCACAAGAAGUGCAUGUGUGUCCAGCUUGCUUACCUGCAUUGCCAAUCUUUAGAGAAAAAAAACUAAAACAAUGUAGCCAGAAGUUUUAGGACAAAUCUGACUGCCUAGACUCUAAACUAAGCUUGUUUGGUUGUACAGAAAAAGCACUCUUGUUUAAUGUAAUUUCUCGGGUACUAAUCCAUACUGUAUGGAUUGCUAUGCCAUUUGGGGAUCACUGCUACAUGGACUGGUUCAACCCAAUGUGAUUAAUUUUUACAGUAACAGCUGUCUUUAUGUGAUAAAAGGAGUUUGUAAGUGAGACAGACGUAUGUUGUUGAUGUUAUGAAUAUUAAAUGUCAAAUUUCAAGAAGAACAA